GGAACACAAGGGGGCGGAUUCAGAGCUCAGCGUCACAACCAGAAACCGGAAGAGAUGCGCAUGGCGUUGCGCAUGUUUCACAAAUGUUUGAUUUUUCAGAUGAUUUCAGUUUGUUUAACAGUUAUCAAAUGUUGAUACAUGUAAUAGUUAACAAAUCAAAUCAUGUUAGUUUUACGAGUCACACGAGUGGAUUUAUUUUAAUGCGUCGUCAGCUGAUUUAAGUGUUUUAUAGCCCUGCAUUAAGUUAAUAAUUCUGUUCACCCGUAUUUAUUUUUGUGGGAAAUAUAUAAGUCAUGCCCAUCCAGUGCAGCCAUUGUGCACAAAGACGUGCAGCUCUUAAGCGGCCAAAGACAGGACACUCUCUCUGUAAAGACUGCUUUUUCUGGGCUUUCGAAGAGGAGAUCCAUCAAACCAUCGUUUCUGCCGGCCUGUUUAGUCGCGGUGAGACUGUGGCCAUCGGGGCUUCGGGUGGUAAAGACUCUACUGUUCUGGCCCACGUAAUGAAAGUCCUGAAUGAGCGCUAUGAUUAUGGGCUGAACCUUUUGCUGCUGUCUGUGGAUGAGGGCAUCACUGGUUACAGAGACGAUUCACUGGAAACCGUGAAGAGAAACCAGGAGCAAUAUGAUCUGCCGCUGAAGAUCGUCUCUUAUGAGGAGCUGUACGGCUGGACUAUGGAUGCUAUAGUUAAGCAGGUGGGAUUGAAGAAUAAUUGCACUUUCUGCGGUGUUUUUCGCAGACAGGCGCUGGAUCGGGGAGCUAUGAUGCUGAAAGUGGACAAGAUUUGCACAGGUCACAAUGCAGAUGACGUGGCAGAGACCGUACUGAUGAACGUUUUGCGCGGGGACAUCGCACGUCUUCGCCGCUGCACAGCCAUCAGCACAGCCAGUGAGGGAGAAGGUGCUAUCCCACGCUGCAAGCCCCUUAAAUACGCCUACGAGAAAGAGAUCGUCCUCUACGCCUACUUUAAAAAGCUUGACUACUUUUCUACAGAAUGCAUUUACUCACCCAAUGCCUACCGAGGUCACGCUCGGGCCUUCCUUAAAGACCUGGAGUCCAUCAGGCCCAGCUCCAUCAUAGACGUCAUUCACUCUGGAGAGACGCUCUCCAUUAGGGAAGGUGUGAAGAUGCCGGUCCAGGGAACUUGUUCACGCUGCGGAUAUAUCUCGAGUCAAGCUUUAUGUAAGUCCUGUGUUCUGUUGGAGGGCCUGAAUCGAGGCUUACCUAAGCUGGGCAUCGGAAAACAUCACCGUCUGCACGGCAAAAUUCUGGCUCAGGAGCCUUUGACGGAGCAGGAACAGAUGAAACUAAGAGCUGUAGACUUUUAACACAAGGAGACUAUUUUAUUUAAUUAAAUGUAUUUUAAAGAUGUCUGGGGCAAAUGUUUAUUUUAUCGGAUCAUUUUGUUUUAAGGUUUGGUUUAUACCUAAAAUAAGAUUCGGAAGCAUGUUUCAGAACCUCUAUGAAAGUCAACCUGAUGAAGCUCUGUUCAUAUCAAGUCUUAUACAACAUUAUAACAAUAAAGGUUUUAUUAAUCAUU